AUGGGUGACAAUGUGACCAACUUGUUCAUCUGCGUGGACAUUACGAUGGUCCGAGAAAUACAGAGUGCAGUUCUUAUCCACUCUUAUAUCUUUGGCGGUCUGUGUCUAGUACUUCUAAUGCUGACGUCGUACAUUACGUAUAAACUGAUUCGUAAACGUCAUAAAAUACGUUUCCUUUUGACGAUUGAGAUUCUUGCGAUUGCGUUCUUCGGUUUUCGAGUCUUGUUUCUUCUGAUUGACCCAUAUCGUAUUAGAGGAAUUGUUCCUGAGAUAAUUGACAGGUUUCUGGAGGAUCUUGCUCUGCCGUGCCUCACAUCGGCGUUUGCUCUGGUUCAACUAACGUUUUGGGAACUUACCAAGAUACGAAUAAUGGAAAUGUACCGUCUGUCCCUACUGAUCGGUUUUAUUGUAACUCAUUUUGUCGUCAUACUUCUGAUAGAUUUUGUGGUUAUAUUUGCUCAAGGGGUUUGUGUACUUCUUGUAGUGUGUCAGUUGUUAACCAUUGCGUGGGGUUUGAUCCUAAGCUGUGGCUUCUUCUGUACAAUUCGACGGUUACACAUCAUUCAAAAAGAAAACAACAAUACAUUACGUCGUAAACAAGUUACAUCUAGCGGUCAGCAAGAUACUAAUAUUAGCAGCAUAUCUACACGAAUUGACACUCCCCACGCUACGAUCCAAAUCAACCUACAAGAUACUACGUCAUCUCAUGGUUUUGACUCAAUAACAACAGAGCCUUCACCCAAACGAACAAAGUCCAAUAACAAAGAGGUGCGCCCAUCAUCACCAAAGAGUCGAAACAGGAAUAAACAUCUCCAGAAAGUAACAAUAGUUGGAAUUGCAGCUAUGAUGCUUGGGUUGAGUUGCUUUUGUUUGGGAGUUUACGGAAUGAUUUUUUUCAGCAAUCCAUCGAGACCGGUCUUCAACAUCUGGGGAUGGUUCGUGUAUCAAAAUCUCCAAAGAUCAUUGGAGUUGGGAUUUGGAGUGACGAUGGCGUACCUCGCUUGGCAACGGAAUGGAUGA